AUGUUCGGGAGAGCACCAAAGAAGAGUAAUAACACCAAGUAUUACGAGCUCUUGGGAGUUUCGAAGAAUGCUUCACAGGAUGAUCUCAAAAAGGCCUACCGUAAAUCUGCCAUCAAGAACCACCCCGAUAAAGGCGGCGACCCGGAAAAAUUUAAAGAGAUUGCACAAGCUUAUGAAGUCUUGAGUGACGCGGACAAGCGUGAAAUCUAUGAUCAAUAUGGUGAGGAUGCCCUCAAGGAAGGAAUGGGGAGUGGAGGUGGCGGUGGCCACAACCCGUUUGAUAUCUUUGAAUCCCUUUUUGGUGGUAGUCCUUUUGGUGGUGCUGGUGGAAGCAGCAGAGGCCGAAGGCAAAGAAGGGGAGAAGAUGUUAUUCAUCCUCUCAAGGUUUCACUUGAGGAUCUCUAUAAUGGUUCAUCGAAGAAGCUUUCCCUUUCUCGUAAUGUGCUCUGCUCCAAGUGCAAGGGGAAAGGUUCUAAAUCAGGUGCUUCAAUGAAGUGUCGUGGCUGUCAAGGUUCUGGGAUGAAAGUUUCCAUCAGGCAUCUUGGCCCAUCCAUGAUCCAGCAGAUGCAGCAUCCUUGUAAUGAAUGUAAGGGUACAGGUGAAACCAUAAGUGACAAGGACCGCUGCCAACAGUGCAAGGGUGAGAAGGUUGUGCAGGGGAAGAAGGUUUUGGAGGUCCAUGUGGAGAAAGGCAUGCAGAAUGGACAAAGGGUCACUUUUCCUGGCGAGGCUGAUGAAGCGCCUGACACAGUUACAGGUGACAUUGUGUUCGUCUUGCAACAGAAGGAGCACCCCAAGUUUAAGCGGAAGGGUGAUGAUCUAUUUAUUGAACACACCUUGACCCUGACUGAAGCACUAUGUGGAUUCCAAUUUAUAUUGACUCAUCUGGACAAUAGGCAGCUCCUCAUUAAAUCCCAGCCCGGGGAAGUUGUCAAACCUGAUCAAUUCAAGGCCAUUAAUGACGAAGGAAUGCCCAUGUACCAGAGGCCAUUCAUGAAAGGGAAAUUAUACAUCCAUUUCACUGUGGAUUUCCCUGAAUCCCUGCACACGGAGCAAUGCAAAGCUAUUGAGACAGUGCUCCCUGCAAGGGCAACAACCCAAAUUACGGACAUGGAAUUGGAUGAAUGUGAGGAGACUACUUUGCAUGCGGUUAACAUUGAAGAAGAGAUGCGUAGGAAGCAGCAAGCUGCCCAAGAGGCAUACGAGGAAGAUGAUGAUGAUAUGCAUGCUGGGGCUCAGAGGGUGCAGUGUGCCCAGCAGUGA